CUGAAUUGGAUUGAACAACAGGCAAGGCCUAUAUAAGUUCUCUCCAAACAUAUAAAAUAGUUAAAUCUUAUGUUUACAAUACAGUGGUGACAUAUGUACAGACAUAUUAUAAUAUAGUAGUGGUCUAAUUAAAGGAUACACGCGUGAAAGGCCCAAUUUGAAUGUACUUAACGUUUGUGAAGUUUUAAUAUUUUCAGAAAUGAUUCCAAGAAUAGAUGAGCAUAAAUUUUAUAAACUACUAUGUAACAUGGUGAGGUUUUCGACUCGACGCUUUCUUAUUUCCCUGGCGACAUUAUGGGCUAUUUUCACGGUUGGAUUCUUUUAUAAACAGUUAUCAAUCAAUGCCAAUAAUCCUUUUAUAUCAAAAGAUACGUGGAGUGGUCUUUUACCCAGAAAUAUAAAAUGGAGCAGCGUAAAAUAUGAUUUAAAUGACACAGAACAUUUACAUAAAAUCUUUGGGGAAGUUAACAAGCUUCAGUACAUAAGAAAUCAACAGUAUACACUGGAUUUGUCAGAUUCGGGCAUUGUGAUUUUAGUGCAAGUUCAUGACCGAGAAAAAGAACUGAAAAUAUUAGUUGAUUCUUUGAGAAAUGUCAAGGACAUUGAAAAUACUUUGGUUAUUUUCAGCCAUGAUCUGUUUUUACCAAAUAUUAAUGACGUCAUUGAAGACAUCGAAUUUUGUUCUGUCAUGCAGAUUUUCUUUCCCCAUGCUCUACAAAUUAAGAAAAAUCAAUUCCCAGCAGAUUCAAUGAGCGACUGUCCUCGUGAUAUUGGACCAGAAACGGCAAAAAUAGUGGGGUGCAGCAACGCAGAUCACCCAGACCUUUACGGCCAUUACAGAGAAGCAAAGUUUUCACAAAUGAAGCACCACUGGACUUGGAAAAUCAACUAUGUUUUUAAUGAUAUUCGCCUGUUAAAACACUUCAAAGGGUUAGUGCUUAGAAUUGACAAUGAUUAUUAUUUGGGUCCUGACAUACUGCGUGUAAUGCGCAUGAUGAAUCAACAUAAAAUAAUCCAUGGCUUAGACAUAAAUAAAAUGCUGAUAAUGGGUGAUUAUGAAGAAUUUAAGAAUGAAUAUCGGCAUGAUAGUGACAUGUUCACGUCCGGUUAUUGGUACACGGGAAUAGGAAGGGGUAUGGGUUUUAAUAGAGACUUGUGGCAAAAAAUAUCUAAUUGUAAAAACAUAUUCUGUACUUUUGAUGAUUAUAACUGGGAUUGGAGUCUACAAAAACUGAUAGACACUUGUUUUAAUGGACUACUAGUUUUAAAACCAAUCAUAAGUCGUAUAUUUCACGUUGGUAAAUGCCACGGAUUUCACCGAGAAAAUAUUUGCUCUAUGGAUGAAGUUUUGUUGAAUAUAAAGAACUUCUUAAAUAUAAAUCAGCAAUAUAUGUAUCCGCAAGAAAUGGUUUAUCUUGUCAAGAAAACGCCUGUGCGAAAAGUGAGCGAUCAAGUUGGAAACGGAGGCUGGGCUGAUCCAAGAGAUCACAAUUUAUGUCUGUCAUUUUUUAAAAAUAGAUUUUCAGACAGCAAUGUUUAAUAAUGUUCCAAAGUGCUAUAUAAAGCGUUUCCGAUAUU